AUGUCUUCUGCUACUUCCUUCUACGAUCUCAAACCAGCUGACAAGUCAGGUGAAUCUUUCGAUUUUUCUACUCUCAAAGGAAAGGUCGUGCUUAUUGUCAAUGUCGCGUCCAAGUGUGGUUUCACCCCUCAAUACAAGGGAUUGGAGGAGCUGAAUAAAAAGUAUGGUGACAAGGGCCUUGCAAUUCUUGGUUUUCCCUGCAAUCAAUUCGGUCACCAGGAGCCCGGCACUCAGGAAGAAAUUUCUAGUUUCUGUCAAUUGAACUAUGGCGUUACUUUCCCAGUGUUGAAGAAGAUCGAUGUUAACGGUGAUAACGCUGACCCUGUCUACAAGUUCCUCAAAGACCAAAAGGCUGGUCUUCUUGGAUUCCGCGGUAUCAAGUGGAACUUUGAAAAAUUCCUUAUUGAUAGUGAUGGAAAGGUCGUUGGCAGAUGGGCUUCUACCACUUCUCCAGCUUCUCUCUCUUCUGAAAUUGAAAAGUAUCUUUCCAAGGCUGGAAACAAAUUGUAA